AUGACCCGGGUGCCUGCCAACCCCUGGCCCAGGUACAUUGGCAAGUUUGCGGUGCUGGCCAUGCCGCCCUGGCUGACGGGCCGCGUCACUUUUGCCCCGGCCCUGCCGCGGCAGCGCAACCAGGUGCCACAGCGCACCCCCAUGGGUGCGGUGGUCAAGGUGCUGGCAUUCUAUGAGCGGCCGUACUGGCGCGCCGAGGGUGUGCCGCUGUCGGAGCAGGUCACCGUUGCCCUGGAGCCCCACGCCUUCAACCCCGACCACCCCCUCUACAUCGACAGCGUCUUUGACGUCUCCCCGCCAGGCGGCCCAGGCGUGCUGGCGUCGUUCCUGUGGAACGACAAUGCUUUUGAGCUCAUGAGCAAGGGCGAGGAUGAGGUGCGCAAGGCUGUGCUGGACACCUGGGCCGAGUUCAUGGCCUGCCCUGAGGUGGCCACCAAAGCCAUCAACUUCAUCGCCGUGGACUGGCCCUCACAGCAGUGGACCGGCGGGUCCUACACCUCGUACGUGUCCCCCGGCGCGUGGACGUCGCUGCGUGAGGCCUACUUCAAGCCCUGCGGCCGCAUCCACUGGGCCGGUACUGAGAACUCGAGCUCUUGGCCCGGCUUCUUCGAGGGCGCCAUCGUGACGGGCGAGGCUGUUUCUGCUGAGCUGGACAAGCUGCUGAUGGCGGACGGCGGGCGCAAGCCGGGGGCGAUCCACCCUGGGGACGCGUGGGACCUGCCCCGCACCCACACAGAGCGUCUGAUGACCGGCUUCAACCACUGA